UAACGCUUCCUGGGCGAGAAGGACUGCGGGGCGCCCUGCGAGCCCGGCCGCCUCUACGGCCUCAUGUACUUCGGGCCCGAGGAGCUGCGCUUCUCCCGCACCUGGAUUGGCAUCUGGUCGGUGCUGUGCUGCGCCUCCACGCUCUUCACCGUUCUCACCUACCUGGUGGACAUGAAGCGCUUCAGCUACCCUGAGCGGCCCAUCAUCUUCCUCUCAGGCUGCUACACUGCUGUGGCCGUGGCCUACAUCGCCGGCUUCCUCCUGGAGGAGAGGGUGGUCUGCAACGAGCGCUUCGCUGAGGACGGCUCCCGGACUGUGGCGCAGGGCACCAAGCGGGAGGGCUGCACCAUCCUCUUCAUGAUGCUCUAUUUCUUCGGCAUGGCCAGCUCCAUCUGGUGGGUCAUCCUCUCCCUCACCUGGUUCCUGGCCGCCGGCAUGAAGUGGGGCCACGAGGCCAUCGAGGCCAACUCGCAGUACUUCCACCUGGCUGCCUGGGCCGUGCCGGCCAUCAAGACCAUCACCAUCCUGGCCCUGGGGCAAGUGGACGGGGACGUGCUCAGCGGGGUCUGCUUUGUGGGCAUCAACAACGUGGACGCGCUGCGGGGCUUCGUGCUGGCUCCCUUGUUUGUCUACCUGUUCAUCGGCACCUCCUUCCUGCUGGCCGGCUUUGUGUCCCUCUUCAGGAUCCGGACCAUCAUGAAGCACGAUGGCACCAAGACAGAAAAGCUGGAGAAGCUCAUGGUGAGGAUAGGCAUCUUCAGCGUCCUCUACACGGUGCCGGCCACCAUCGUCAUUGCGUGCUAUUUUUAUGAGCAGGCUUUUAGGGAACAGUGGGAGCGGAGCUGGGUCACGCAGAGCUGUAAGAGCUAUGCUAUCCCCUGCCCUAAUAACCACAGCAGCCAUCACCCGCCCAUGAGCCCCGACUUCACCGUCUUCAUGAUCAAGUAUCUCAUGACCUUAAUUGUAGGCAUCACCUCGGGCUUCUGGAUCUGGUCUGGGAAAACACUGAACUCUUGGAGGAAGUUUUACACCCGUCUGACCAACAGCAAGCAGGGGGAGACCACGGUGUGAGAGCCCGGCCCGCCAG